AUGUCGGCAGACCCGUGCCUGGGCGUGGUGUGCGGCGCGGGCCGCGAGUGCCGCCUGGACGGCGCCGGCUCCUCCGCGGUGUGCCAGUGCCGGCGCCGCUGCCCCAGGAGCCGCGGCCACGGCUGCCACCUGCACCGCGCCGCCUGCCUGCAGCGCCGCCACGUCGCCGUCGACCACGACACGCCCUGCACAGGGCCACCCCGGCCGGCGGCACUCGCCGACAGCAGCGGUCCACCGGCUGCGGAAGCCGAGUCAGACGCCUCGCCGGCAGACCUGGCACCGCCCCCGCCACCGCCACUGGUGCUGGCGAAGCAAGCAGAGCCGCAGGGAGAGGACGACCAGAGGCUGAACGCCGUGCCCGAGGGGCCGCCACGCGCCGACUGCAACCAGCAGCAGUACGACGUCAUGAAGGAUAACUUGCUGCUCUACAGCCACGCGAAACUCACAUCAGACGACAACCGCACGCCGGGCAGGGAGUACCUGGUGACGGCCAUGUUCACCCACUACGACAGCAACGGGGACGGCGCGCUGACUCAAGAGGAGCUGGACAAGGCUGGCCGCUCGGACGAGGCGGGCCUCGAGGCAUCGGGCGACAGCGGCGGCUGCCAGCUGGGCCACAUGCUCGCCUUCGACGACGCGGAUGGCGACGGCCGGCUCAGCCUCAGCGAAUUCUACGCCGCCUUCAGCAAGCUCUACAGCGUAUCGGUGGUGUCGCUGGACAAGGCGGUGCAGGUGCGGCGGCUGCGCGCGCGCGUCGGCGACAGCGUCGAGGUGCGCUGUGACGUCACCGGCGCUCCGCCGCCUCCCAUCGUGUGGCGGCGCCACGGGGCGGACCUGGCGCAGCUGCCCGCCGGCGCCGCAGACGACUUGCGCGUCUUCCCGGACGGCUCCCUGUUCCUGCCGCGCGUCCAGCUGGUGCACGCCGGCAACUACACCUGCCACGCCCAACGCAAUGAGGACGUCGUCCAGACGCACGUCCUCACCGUGCACACUACGCCUCGGGUGAAAGUCACACCCCGAAUCCAGUCGAAACGACCCGGAGAAGAGGCCACCAUGUUCUGCCACGUCAUCGGAGAACCAUUCCCUAAGGUGGAGUGGCUGAAGAACGACGAGCCGCUGCGGCUGACGCAGCGCAAGUACGAGCUGGUGGGCAACGGCACGGAGCUACGCGUGCGCAGACUCGCCUACGCCGACACGGGCGCCUACUCGUGCAGCGCGCGCAGCGCCGCCGGCGCCGCCACCGACCUCUCCUCGCUCGUCGUCCAGGACGACCCCGCGCCCACAUCACCGAAGGAGGAGCGGCGCUUCUUCGCUUUCCAUGACUUUGGAAUCUCGGUGUACGAGCCGACGGCUUGUCGCCUGUACCAUCACAUAAGGGGCAGCGACAUCAUACCUGGCACACAGCGUCAGCUGGUGUGCGGCAGUAGCGGUACCGCGUGCAGCUGGGGACAGGCCAUCAACGUGGCCAACCGCUACGUGUAUGUGGCGCAGCCCCGCAACGACCGCGUGCUCGUCAUCAGCAAGAUUCAGAUGGUCGUCGUUGACGUGGUGACGACGGACAAGAUGCCGGUGGAGCUGCACUACGUGCCGCACCUGGACCAGGUGUGGGUCCUCAACUGGCGGUCGGAGAGCGACCGCGGCGUCAAGACGGUGCAGGUGAUCCGCGACGCCGCGCAGAAGCGCAAGCACCACACCGUCCACCCGGAGCCCAUAGACGGACAGUUCGACCUCGUCAGCGGACUCUUCAUUCCUCCUAUACAGGACGUGGAGCACGAGUUCCGGCACGGCUACGUGUCGCACGCGGGCCGCCGCGGCCUGCUCAAGCUGGAGCUGGCCUCGCUGCGCUACCUGCGCGCCGUCGACCUCUCCGAGCGCUCCUGCCUGCCGCGCCACCUGCAGUUCUCCUCGCUCUUCGGGCUGGUGGUGGUGGAGUGCGAGGAGCCGGCGACGGGCCAGCCGGCGGGCCAGCUGGUGCUGGACGCCGUGACGGACGCCGUGGUGUCGCAGCGGCCCUCGCUGCUGGGCCGGCCGCACCUCAGCCCAGACAGCCGCACCCUGGUCACGCUGCACCGCGCCAGAGACGGCGUCACGCUCGUCGUCCAGCGCGUUGCGGACGGUGACCUGAGGUUCUCGUUCGACGUGAAGACGACGCUGAACAUCAGUGACGUGGCCUUCUACCCGUCACGCACGACGCACGGCUACGACCUGUACGCGAGUGCGUCAGACAAGGAGGACGUCCUCUUUCUGGACCUAGCCUCAGGCAAGGUGGAGGUGAUCACGGGCGUCGGGGUGGCGAUGCCGGCGCAGCUGGCGGAGUGGGGGGCGCCCAACCGACCGAUCGCGGCGCCCGGCGUCUUCGGCCGCUACCUGGCCACCGCGGCCGCCGACGCGCUCUUCGUGCUGAACGGCGCGACGCGCACCGUCAACUGCGAGGUGAGCCGCGUGGCGCUGCCGCGGGCGCUCGCCUGGGUCUCCAUGCGGCUGCAGUGACGCCGGCCGCGACGCGCCCCCGCCGCCAGCAGCGCCCUGUGACUCCCCGGGCCCGCCACCGCCACCACUGCACUUCACAGAGCGGGCCGUUCGACUACGUCAGAGCCGAGGGACUUGUCCUGUUCGGCCGUUUAUCAGCACCGCAUCUUUUUGUAACACGCUACGAUGGAGACGUUUGAUGUACAGAACCAGAGGAGUCGUAUUACGUCCACUCGAGGUAAAGAAGGUUUAUUAUACGUGGAAAUCUCACACGACCGGAUGUCUUAGCUGUUUCUAAAUCCUCCGUGAUGUAUGGUAGUGGCCCAUGAAACUUUCCAGUAUUUAAAAUUUGGUCCAGAGCGGCGCUAGAGAUCUUUAGAGUUGCCCAUGGAUCUCGCCAACUGGUAGGACUCAGCGAAACCUCGAGCAAGUCUGAAUAAAUCCAGCUUAGCAACGGAAAAGUUUCAGGGGCCACGAACAUGCACCACAGAAAAUCUACCAACAGAAAGAGAGAAUUGUAUCCACACGAUCUCAAGAGACACGAAAGUUGGAAAGUGUCUGGGAAAUUGCAAUUUUCACACAAUAUAACCCCACAGUGUUUUCGCUGGUUACUGUAAAGCACAAUAAUGAGAAAGGAAUAAAUGUACACUCGUGGACUGAUUUGACAGGCAUUUGUUCAAAUACCAUUCAAAUUU